AUGAACAACUCGCUCGCACAGCACAAACUCAACUCAAGCGACGAGGAAAUUCAAACUUUUGAUUUCAUGCCAGGAUUCGUGUAUCCAGUCGCGACGUGUCAUAUAAUUAUAUUAACAGUAGCUGCAGUGGGAAAUCUUCUAGUUUGUUACGCUAUACUCGCCAACAGAAACUUGCGCAUCAAUCCAACGAACCUCUUUAUUUUCUCCCUGGCGUUGUCGGAUCUCCUGACAGUCACACUGGUUCUGCCAUUUGAUAUAGAAGGGAUCUGUCUUCAGUGGGUUUGGAAUCAUGGAGAAAUUAUGUGCAGAGCAUGGAUAACGAUGUACCUAAUAACCGUACCAACCUCGAUUUUGACCCUGUUGGCCGUCAGCGUGGAUCGAUACAAAAGCCUCAGUGAUCCUCUAAAUCGUUUUAGACGUUGCAGAUUCAUGACUCGGAAAAGAGCUUUUUUUAUCUGCUUUAUAAUCUGGCUGUACAGUUUUUUGUGCGCUUUGCUUCCUGUCAUGGGUUGGCGGACAGCUGACUAUUUUGUCUACGACAAAGUUUGUUAUUUCCCUUUCACCCAGGUUUAUUUCAUUCUGACUUCUGUUCUGAAUUUCAUUUUGCCACUAUUGGUAACAUGCGGAAUCUAUAUUAAGAUUUAUACGAUCGCUUCCACUCAUCACAAGAACGUUGAAGGAGAUGACAGCCGAAAAUUUCGUUCCACCGAAGAGAAAAAGGUGUAUUCCAGAAAUGUAAGAGCAGCUAAGACAAUAUCUAUUUUUGUGGGGGCUUUUUUCUGUUGCUGGGUGCCAUUUUCCUCCGUCAGUAUUAUCGCGUUCAUUUGCGGCGAGUCAUGUACGGGCAGUAUCCCCUAUGAAGCUCGCAUCGUUUUGUUAAUGUUUGGGUACCUAAACUCGGCGCUCAAUCCGUUUCUUUUUGCAUUCCGUAACCGCAGAUUUAAGGCCACCUACUCGCUGAUGGUGAAAUCACUAAAAGCUCGUUCUAAGCCCGAAAGAAAAAUUAGCCGCUCGACACUGACGCAAAGCACGAUCGGCUCCGAAGUUCUAGAUUCGCAAGAUAUAAAUGUUCGUCUCCAAUCGGUGAGGCCGAAGCGGGAGUAGUCCCAGCUAGUCCCAGCUUUGAAGAAUUGUAUGCUGCUUCGAAAUUGUUUAGUGUCAUUCGGAGUAUUUUGGUUCAGUGUCAAGAUAAAAUUUAUUUAUUUUAUCCCCCCCCCACAUAGCCUCUGUAAUAUUCUCAUAAAACCCCCUUCCCUUAUAAGCAAUUUUCUAAAGUUCCCCCCUCCCAUAUACCCUGUUAGUGAAAUCUAAUCUCCCUUCCAUUUCCCCCCUGAAAACCAUGUAAUACCCCCCAAAUCCCCCCCCCUCUAGCGAUAUAAAAAUGACUGUUCCCUUAUAUACAAACAAGGAUUUUUACAGAAAUUGACAAAAGAUUAGCUGAAGCGCACUUCAUUAAUUUGCAGUUGUCAAUUCUAGCUGCCCGUUAUGCCUAUCUUGCCAAUCUAAAAGAAGAGGGUUAAACCAUUUAUUUACUUUCAAGAUCCGGCAUAUAUAUCUGUUUAAGUAAAGUGGAGAGGUGCCACAUUAUUAUUAAGUACUGAAACUGGAAUUGCAUGGGGUAUAUAAAUUUCCUAGAUUUUCUGGUUACUUAGAUUAGUUAUAUAGGUAUGUUGUUACAUUCGUAUUUUUAAAAAGUUAGUCUUAGAAACUAUCAUGAUCACUACAGCUUGUCAACAAACGAGGUUUUACUCAAGCUGAAUUCGAAGUUUGAGAUGGAGAGAAUUGAUCUAAUGGAUACGGCUUAGCUGUGACUGCUUCUCGCGAUUGAAAAAAUCUGAGAUUCCCCGCAUUUAAGAUUGGAUUUCGCUCACAAUGCUGAUUUUUUGCGCUAUUGAGGCGGUUAUAACGUAUUUAAGAAGAAACCGCGCGGGAUUUCACGAUUUCGCGACUUAAAAUUUCAUUUUCAUAAAGGCUUAAGUUUGAAGUUUAUUAUCGCGUUAUAGGAAAUUAAAAAAGCCAUAUACAGAUUGAUGAACGCUAAAUAUACUGUGAAAUGACAGAAAUUAAAGUUAGCAUUGUUUGCCGCAGAGCGAUCGGUUAAUCAUGAGAAACAGCUCAAUUCAUGAAGUUAGUAAGUUCCAAAAGAAACUGUGGUGCUACAUCGAUGGGGUUUAUCACAAGAUACGUUGUUUGAUUUUACCAACUGAGAUAGUAAUGUGGAUUGGAGAGUGAAAAGUUGCUGAAGCUGACGUUAUGAGCGUUAGCCCUUCGUCUGAGCCUAAGAAACUCUCUACAGGCGCCGAUUUACAUUACUGAUCAACUCAGUUGACAAAACCAACAAUCUCAUUGUUCAGUGCAUGUCAAUUUUUCGUGAUUAGCUAGUAAUGAGAGUUGGAGCGGGUAUGUGAAGAAAAAGAAAUCGGAUUUCGUGUGCAAUAAUUAGCUCAAAGCGCAAAAAGAAUCAGAACGAAAACGAUGCAACUGUAUUUUUAGCUCGACCAUAAUAGUUAACACCAUUAAGGUAAAGAGAUGCUUAAAUCGAAAUCACGCUCCAUAUGCAGCGAGAAAAAACAUUUAGAGCCGUGUUAAAUAGCUACUAUUGUAACUCAAAUGCAUAUAUAGUGUAUACAUCAAUUUAUAUAUAGUUUAUGGUGAAACUUAGCUUUAAUUGCUUGGAAUCGAUAGCAUUAUUAGGUUAAGCUGAUCAAUUUAAAUACGCAGCUUUUUAACCUGAACUGAAGACAAACAACCAGUGGAUUUUCUUCGACAAACUGCAAUCUUUUUAAGGUCUAUGGACAAAGACCUCCUGUGUGCUAGGCCCCUUUCAAGUUAACAAACUUAGAGUAUCACGUACAGGGAUGUGGUUGUAGUCGUUGUACAUAAAGUUUUCUUGACUCAGGACUAGUUUCAAUGCUGAAAAAACUGAAUCAUUGAACGAGUUUGGAUAUGUACUUAACCGUAAAAGUAUAUUGUUCUACUAUCACAGCCAUAUACAUGUAUUGUAUUAUGUAUCAUAACUGUUUAUAUCAGGCCACGCGUCUUGGGAAUAAAAACAGAGAUGAAGGAAUAUAGGGAAAAACUUAAAGAAAGCUGUCAUUUCGUUAUAUCACAACGCAGAUCAAAGUCCUUUUUGAAAGCGACAAAUUUUACUCACAAGAUCUAGAUUUAAAUUCUCACUAUUUGCCAUAAAUUAACUGUCAAUUUGGCCCGCCAGAACCGUUCGUUGGAGGCCUGGAGAAAAGUGAGCCAGCGCGAGGCCUGCUAGGGGUCUGGUACUGAAUAUUAGUGCAAGAUCACUCCAGAUCACUAAUAGCUAUCAGUCACACCCCCAACUUUGAGCAUGGCCUUUAACUUACGCGCGGGCGAAGAAACCCUCGUCCUGCAGUACUAAUUAUAAGGACCUGUUCGCAGGUUUGAGGUUAAGGUAAACAAUAUCCCAAAGUUAAUACUUUUCUUUCUUCUCAUCACGCUCAACUCAAAAAUGUGUUGAUCCUGUAAGGAAAAAGUUUUCUUUGUUUACUUCCUCAAUUAAACUGGCAGAACUGAGACUAAUAAGAGAGUUUAAUCCCAUGUUAACCUUAAGCACCCUGUCAAGUGUUAUUGUUGAUGCUUUUAAACUGUAUGAUAGCAUAAUGGCUUGAUAUUUUGAUUAUUGAUUCUUGCUCCUUUCAUUUUGAAAAAUGAAAAACCCUUUUUCCAAGUUAAUGGACUCAAACGCACCAACUUUUUGAUUCGCUGAUAAAUUAUUUUUAAAAAAAAGACCAUUCAUUUGACGACAAAGAACUGCCCUGGGGUCAAGAGCUGGCUGGUGACGAAACAUUUGUAAUACAUAGUCUGGGUCAGCCGGGGUAACUUUGGUCGACGAGAUACCUUUUCCCGACGAUGUUAGUAUUGGUAACCAAGCUGUCGGGCAGAGGAAUAAAGGGGUAAGUUUCUAAAGAAACUAUAGUGCUGCGUCGGUGGGAGAGUAUAGCAGGUAACAACUGAGUUGAAAACGUAACAACUGAGUUGAAAACGUAAAUUGGCCACCGUAAAGAGUCAAAAAGCUGACGUCUCGAGAGUUAGGCCUUCGUCAGAGCGAUUGAUGAAUCUGACAUAGCAGAUCAUUGAAAAUAGCAACCAAAAAACGUGAAAACAGCAAGAACUAGGACACAAGGUGACUGCGGAAAGAAAGAUGUCCAGGUGGAGCCUAAAUGUAAGUUAAAAGUUCCUGGAAGGUCUGUCAACCCUUUAACUUUUAAUGCGUAAUGCUUUUUAUUGCGAAGGACCAGCAUGGUUGUUUAAAGGACAGAGAUUUUGUUGUGAAAAUAAUUAAGCCUCGGUGUCAUCAUAUGUUUGGCAUUCAGCACUUGGAAUAGAAAUAAUGAUGGCAAUAAGAAUAAAAACAAUGAAGGUAAUAAUAAUGCAACGUAAUGUUAUGCAACAUAAUGAUGAUAACAAUAAUUAUAACGAUAAUUAUAUUAAUGACCAUAAUGAUAUUAAUGAUAAUAGCAUUCAAUUGAAAAGCAGACCAAAUAUAUGUAUAUAUAUAUACCUAUAUAUAUAUACAUAUUUUUUUUUAUCUCUAUUUUUUGGAACGAUGACAUCAACCGUUUACGAAAGCGACACUUACAAUGAAACGCAAAUUUGACGCAAAAGCCGCUUUGACAAGAUUUUCACACGGGCUGAGCCAUAGUUCGGUAAAAUUAUCUUGGGAGAUCAGAGAUUGUGCCUUCAAGACAAUAUUCGUGAUGGUUGAUUGCAGAUUAGCAUAAAUAAUGCCUCAGUAAAUCUCGAUUUUGCUUCCUUGAACGAUAUUCGUGACACGCAAGAGUAUAUUUAUCAAUCUUCAGCUCUCCCUGCAAAUUUAUAGCUUUAACUCGCUCCCAUUAUGUCUGCCCUCUGCCUCGUCAGCCAAUGUUGAGAAGAAAUACCCAUUUUUUCUCCUUUUCCUUGAGCACAGUCUGUAGUAAAAGGUAUACGUGACAGUAUCACUAAUAUCACUUAAAACGGGGUCAGUAUACUUCAUUGUCUCGAAAAUCUAAUUAAACUUGGACAUCAAUAUUUUUUUCUAGCUUAGUAAAAGCUUGAUUAUUAAGCUCUCGGUUGGUUUGAAAGAGCGAAAUCGAAUUAUUCUCUUUCUUGAGAAUUUUAGUCAUCUCUGAAAUUCCAAUCACACGUAGACGUUUGGUAUUUCAUUCACAAUGUUGUCUGGGCGGAAAUCGGUAUUAGUUCAGAAAAUAGAUACUAGAAUAUCGUUAUAGCAUCCAUAAUAUUUUGAUUAUGGAAAGGAUCUAUCAUUCAAACCUUCAAACUCCCAAAUAUACAACAUUUUUAAACGGGUUAAAAAUAUACGGCAGACGUGACUCCAAGGAAACAAAAGUUGGUUACUUUAGGGUCAACUAUGACCAGCUAAUAAUCUUGAACGAUUUAGCGCUGUCAUCUCGUUAUGCUCCUCAGUAUGUAUUGAAUCUGAUAUGUAUUGAUUUUUCAUGGGAAUUGAUUCCGAAGGCAGACUUGCAAAACAACUUGAUUCUCUCUGAAACUCCGGCGAAUAUGGUUACAACUUGACGACGCAGAAAACUUCUUUUUCGACCAAGAAGUGAAAGUGAGCUCUCAGCAAGGAGAAACAUCAUUGAUAUACUCAAAUCAGAAGAUGAAUAACUCGUCUGGAUCACAUCCAAGUGUUGCCCGUGAUGAAUGGAGUUAUUCAUUUACAGAUGCCUUCAAGUUUCCUGUAUUGACCGUUUAUAUAAUCAUUGUAGUGGUGGCAGUAAUUGGGAACAUCAUGGUUUGCUUUGCGAUCCUAGUGGACAAAAGCCUUCGAAGCAAUCCCACAACAAUCCUCCUAUUCUCUCUGGCGUUCUCUGAUCUGCUUACCGUGACUACCGUCACUCCAUUACAAACAGAAGAAUUUUUCCUACGAGGAACCUGGUUUUACGGUAAAACUAUGUGCAAGCUAUGGAGUACUGUUUUUUACAUCGCUGUACCCACCUCAAUUCUGACCCUUCUUGUUCUCAGCGUCGACCGUUACAACCACCUAACUGACCCGUUAAAUCGGUUUCGUAAAACAAGGUUUAUGACACGGAAAAAGGCCAUGAUGAUCAACUGUUUGAUAUGGUUUUACACCGUUCUGUUUGCUUCAAUUCCUUACACUGACUGGGGAGAUUUCCACUAUGAAUCUUUCGCCUUUGACAAAAGAUGUUGGUUCCCAUACAUUAGCAGUUAUACAACAGUAACAAGUUUCCUCAACUUUUUAUUGCCUUUGCUUAUAACUUGCGGAAUUUACAUCAAGAUUUAUCGCAUUGCGAGUGUGCGAAAUAAAAACGUAACUACCGCCCGCAGAUGUGAGUGCGGCAAAUUAACUUUCACUCAAGAGACGAACAAUUAUAUAGGAAACCUUAAAGCAGCAAAGACUAUAUCUAUGUUUGUAGGGGUGUCAUUUUUCUGUUGGGUCCCUUACUCCACAUUUAUCAUAAUCAAUUGCGUAUGUAUACACUGUCGGCAACACAUACCACCGGAAACCUACCCAUUCCUGCUAAUGUUGGGUUACCUGAGCUCUGCGUUAAACCCUUUCCUUUUCGCGUUUCGAAGCAAAAGCUUCAAAUUUAUAUACUCCAAGAUGCUGCGUUCAAUUAUGGUACUCAAACCAAAACCCAGUCCUGACUCUCGGCGAGUCUCUUCCAUAUCGCAGAUGACUCUCGCUUCUGAGAUUCCAUGUUCAAUGGAGGAAGGUAUUAUACUUCAAGCUGUACAAUCACGUCCAUUAACACUUAACUUCCAGAACUGCUGAUUAGCAUUUUUUUCGGAUAUCUACACACAUUAACUAGCAAACAAGACAAGAGAACCGACAAAUAUAUCAAUUGGAGGGCAUUAUCUUUUACCUGGUGUAAUUGCUUAUUAUCAGUGAUUAUAGAGACGGUUGCUUUCUGGUUGGUCGAAGAUUACGUCAUAUCUUGCGAUAGUCAUCCAGAACAAGUUGGUCAGUCAAUAAUGAAGCACAAAUUUUUAAAUAGGCACUGCGUGAUUCGCUCAUUUUUCAUGACGGGGAAAAUAAAAUGCAUUUGCUCAUAGUCAUUAUUCUAAGACAAAAAAUCGCCACCGCGAAUGCACCUACAAGUGCUUAAAAUGUUUUGGUUAAGCACGUAUUUCCUUGAACUGGUGCAGCUGUUGAUACAGUCCGAUCACAAUGCGAUCACCCAAAUUCGGUUACAAAACUUAUUUUCCAGACGAUCCUGCCAAGGAGCCAGUCUUUUACUUGUCAUCUGGUGUGGGGGAGGGAGGGGAUGAAAGAUUCUAAAAUUUACCUUAUCCGAUAAGGCUUUGCAAAAUUCUAAUGAUCUUGCCCUCUCUCGUUGGCAGUAAAUUGGAAGUCAAUUUUCUUUAGUCCCCCAGUUAUACUCGUAGAGCGGAGACAGAUCCCUCUUCGUUUACCCUGAAGACCAUGUGACCCCCGCCCCUCCCCCCCAAAAAAAUUAUCCGCCCUCCCAAGCAAUAAACAAUAACUGGUUCCUAAUUAUUGUUCUUUCAGCUUAGCAGUCAGUGCAUGCGAAAAGCAUAAGUUUGCAAUAUAUAAAAACAACAUACACUGUUCUGGGGAUUUUCGGAUUUUCAUGGGUUUGUAAAAGUCAGAGAACAAGGCCUAACUGACCACACACAGGACAAAGAGUCCAUAAGAAUUGACCUCAUCAUGAUACUCAUACAACUACAGCAUUAACCUUCUAAAAUGGGGUUAGUAAGCUUUCGUGACUCCCCAGUGCGGGUUUUAGCCUUUCCGCAGUUUGGCUGUUGUGUAUCACUUUGAGCGAUCUCCCUCUUUAGGAGGAAAUGAGGUGGGAAUCUUUGUAUAUUUCACACAGCAAUUUUUGCUGUUCUUUUAAAUGCCAGUUUUUCACGAGGAUUACUUUUAGUCUAAGCACUGAUGGUUGACAUUGUGGGACAUACUAAGGAACUCAUAAAUUAACAAACUGUGUGUUUCUGUGACGUUCAUAUAAAUCACAAACAUUAAAAAUUACCUGUUUAGAGAACUGGUCUUCCUCUUAAACUUACAUCACGACGCGGCUUUCACUGAGAGAGCGGAAUGGCGAGUCACUGACAUUACGGCCUGCCUCCUCGACCAUGUAGACAAAGAUAUUUUAGGUAUCUUUUCGCGAGCUUCAUUGCUAUCACUACAGCAAAAAUUCGAUGACAUGGACCUGCAAUCUGAUCAGCUACCCUUCUCGCUCUCUAUCCAGUGAUUAAUGGUGAGUUAAGUAGACAGUCUAAAAGUACGCGGUCCUAAGAGAUUCAAAUAUAAAAAAUUGCCCAACUUGUUGUUCAGCUUGAUGGCUGCUAAAUUUACUCCAAGACAAUUCGAUUAAUCGCCCUCGAUUUUCACACAUAGUUUGUCCGUGCUUCGCCCUACAUAAACUAUCACACGAUCUCGACCUCAUUACGACCCUAUCUUAAUCUAAUUGUUAAAAUCUUGAGAGGUAAACAAUUGUCAUUGUUUAAAUGUUUCCUCUGGCCUAAGAACAAAUAAGGAAAGAGAGAGAGGUUUGAAAAUUUUCAUGUAUGUGGGACAACGAUAAAUUUUAGUCGUCAGUUGAGAUUUGCACCCGAGCCACUUCCUAGCUCUCAAUCGCAUGGCCACCUACUUACGUACGGAGUACUCGUUGUCGACAGGGUUACAACUGUCGGUCAUUUACUGAGUUGAUUUAUAUCAGGAAUUCACCAAAGGUCAAUAAAUACUUUAACUGCUUAUUUUCUCGUUUCCAUGAACACAUCGAGUCCUUGUACACUCCUCGAUCCUAUAUAAAAAAUGCCAACCGUGGGAUGUAAUUCCAUAGAUAUUUGUCGAAUGUAUAUUUUAAUGAAUUUUAUGAGCCUAAAACAGUAAACAUGGUAAAGUUUCUACAGCUUUCGUAACUAUACUCUUAAAAACAUCUACACUACUUUGAAAUUUUACAUUAUUUGGAAAAUACAUAAAGUUCUCGUUUACGUUUUUUAGCUGUCUGCGAAAACCGUUUUCAUGUUUACAUAUCUCAAUCAUAAAACUCGACUUGUUAAGUUAUUUAUGGAUACGCAAUGUGCACGGGACCUUAAUUAUGAUCACUGUUUGACAGAAUUAGCUGGAAUUAAUCUUAUUAAUGAAGUGUGUUGACGUUUUUUUAAAGCCAUCGCAGACCACCAUCAAUAACAGCAACAGUAAUUAUUCCUGUUGCAUAAUUACAAAAAAAGACGAUGGGACUCCUGCGCUUUGCGCACAAGAGCCUUCCUGUACGUAUAUUUUCGCCACUCUGGUGUCAGACCCCUUGGUUAAUUAAAUAAGUGUUAAUAUAUCCUGGUUUAAAUGUUUUUUUGAAGGUAUCAACGCUAAAUAAUUGGAGAGUAAACACAUGACGAAGGCCAAAUUUACCAUAACUCUGAGUUUUACCAGGAGAAGCAGGUAGACACUGAACUCUCCUUGGGGAAGAUAAAUAAGUGAUAAUUCAAUAUACAUAUUGUUGUUUAUUGUUUUCAAUAUUUCAUUUUUACUAAAUUUGACUUUCUUUAUAUCUAAUAUUCGAAAAAUCUCCUGGGAUCAUGAUGAGCAGGCGUUUUUCUAAGGUCAAAAAAAGUGAAUAAAUAGAAAGAAACCCGUGCCAUUAUUAUUUAAAAAAAGAGCUGUCAUGAAAACGCCUCGAAAACAUCGUCUUACUUUACCUCGUGGAGAAGAAACAAUUUCCAUUUUAAUCACGUUACAUGGUAUAUCCACCAAAUGUAAUCUGUUCGUUAAAUACAGGUAACGAUCUACAAAAGGAUAGGCCGAUAUAAGCGAAUCUUUUGAGGUUCCCCUUUGAAUUACACAAUGGGCAAACUUUACUCCUUCAAGCAACGUGGUUGCCCAUAGAUAUCAUUUUCUUUUGAGGAGAAUUCUUUGUAAUCAGCAUCCCACCAUGGAACAUUCGAGAAUGCGUAAGAGGUUGAAAUCCGUGGAAUGAUCCCUGAGCUCAAAACUUACAAUCCUUCUUAUCCUAUUUACAAACAUGACGCUAUCGACAUUGCUGAUCCAAGCGGUACGCAGGAUCUGUGUCAAACACGAACUUCGUAAUAGACCUCGCUUACCAUAGAGUCUCUGUGGCUCAGUGGUAGAGCAUCGGAGCUCUAAGGUUCGAUUCCUCAUGGGGACUCAGAUUUCUUUUUUUGUCCCACGCUCUUGACAAGACGAAAAACAUCUUUAUCUAUUCUUUUAAGCUCUUACCGAACUUAAAACUUACCAUCUUUUUUAUUCGAUUUACUAAUAUCGUACUUGUUUUAUUUUUAUUCCUAUUGAAACAAAUCUAAGUUUGACCGCAGCUUUCUUAAGAAUGAUAGAGAUGGUUCAAAUUGGGUUAAGUGAACCUUCAAUAAUGUCUCUAACGCACAAGCGAUGUCGGACAACAGGAGUGAGUGACUAUCUUGUGAAAAGCCACAAUAACAAUGGAUUACGAUUUAAGCUUGACCAAUAUCAACUGCUCCUCAAACUGAAAUGCUUUUACAGUGUAAAGUACCGAACUUUGAGAUAAAUAGAAAGUUUUCCUUGACAACGAAAAGGCUUCUUAACUCUAUAUUGGAACACAGAUCGUUCCCUUAGCGACAUGAAAAACGUUUACAAUCUCUAGAAAUGAGUGUGCAAAUACCGCGCUAUUUUUACAACUUGACACUCAUCUUAAUAUAUCAUUUUCCUGUCCGCAGAGUCUUGAAGAUCUUUAAAGAUUGGCUGAAAUGCGCUACUACGGUAAUAAGUAAAAAAAAGCUGGUGAAAAUGUAAUUCAUUUACAAUUUCAAUCCUUCUCUCGUUUACGAUAUAUAUGAUGAAUUCUGAAGUAAAAUGACAAAGAAAUUCGAAGUGAUUCUCUCUGUUUCAACAUUUGUUUUAUAUCAGUCACAGUCACAAUUCACUGCUCAAGGUCAAUCCUACACACGAAAUCCCGACGAAAUCUUAAAUCUUACACUCAGUCAAAUGAGGUCGUUCAGCACUUUGGAGUGUAAAUAUCUGAUUAAAAUUUUUCUAAUGAUGCAAUGGAAAUUUCAAUUCGGCAAUGAUGGCAGAACGACAUUCUAGCUUUUAAAUUCAUGUUUUGGUAAAAGCUUCUUGAACAAAUCAACAUCGCCGGAUGAGUCCACUUAUUUCUGUCUUUCGUAUUUCAACAACACUUGAAGGAAAUAUUGCAACACAUGAAUUGUUUUAAUGACAAAAAUAACCGUGAAACGUCGAGACUACUCCCGAGUUAUCUUGUGAAUUACUUUCGUGCAAUUGCUGUCCAUGAAACAAAACUCGAGUAAGUCUUUCGAGAGAAUUUAACAGUGUAGCUGUAGCAACAACUGUAACAGUUGUAGCUGUCAUUUGUACUCUCACUUGACCCUUUACUCAAUAAUUCGCUUUGUAUUCAAGGUUGUGUUUUAGCGAUAUUACUUCAUCUUGUCUGUGCAAUGACGAUAGUCACCAAAAUCAAAACCCGUCUCAUGCAUUUAGGCCGCUGGUAAAAUAUUCCGCGUUCAGUUUCCCGUAAACAAGGUUCGCGAAAUGCUUUUAGUUACUUUGUAAAUUUUAUCAGGAAAUAUCAUAAAUCGUGCGUGGUCAUUAUCUUGUCAGACCUCUUAAAAACUACUCUUAAUCAAUUAGAAUUUUCUCCUCAAAAAUCCGUAUUUGUCCAAGAUUCCUGAAGCUCUAUUUCUAAACACCCAGCGGUAGUGAUGAUAAAAUUAAAUUGCCGAACACUAUAUCUUAAAGAAAUAUUGAGCUUCAGUUGCAGAAAACAGCAGUAACUCAAAAUAUGCCGGAGAUAUUGGUCAGGAUUAAGACGCUUACCUCUUUUAAAACGAUUAAUCAAAUCCACUAAGACUUCUCGGGUAAUAUAACAGAUAUUUGUCUCUUCGUCAGGUAAAUGCUAUCGAAUGCAUACAUAAAAAGAUUGUUUUGGUACUGCAACACUCAUUCGCUUCAGCGAACACCACACCAAAGUUCAGUUUCCGGAGAUUUUCAUCUACGCACUCUCAAUCGUUGGCUCCCUUUCAAGGUUCAAUAACAUUUGCAGAGGCCGCGGAAACGCUUAACAUUACUCAGGAUGAACAACUCUUCUGAUCACAACUCCAGCGGUCUUCGAAUUCAAGAACCUUUCUUCGGUUUCUCCCCGCUCUUCAUUUACCCAAUCGCUUCUCUGUAUAUUGUCAUCGUGGUAGUAGCCAUCAUUGGCAACCUGAUGGUCUCUUACGCUAUCCUUGCCAACAGAAAUCUCCGUAAUAACCCAACAAACCUCCUUCUCCUGUCUUUGGCAAUCUCGGAUCUUCUCACCGUAACUCUUGCCGUGCCAUUUGACAUUGAAUUACUUUUUCUGAACGGAAAGUGGAAACAUGGCAAAACGAUGUGUAUUACCUUUCUGACGGUUUACCUCAUCACUGUACCGACAUCGAUCUUUACCCUUCUGGCCAUCAGCGUGGAUCGCUAUAAGACCCUUAAGGAUCCACUCGGUCGAUUUCGACGCUCACAAUUUAUCACUCAACGAAGAUCUUUGAUUGUUAUCGCUGUUGUUUGGUCUUACUGCAUUGUGUGGGCACUCCUUCCGAUCAUGGGAUGGCGAGAUAGAAGUGUCGAGCCAAUUUACAAAGGUACCUGUUCGGUACCUUAUACCAUUGUCUACAACCUUCUCACUUCUAUCAUGAAUUUCAUCUUUCCGCUCCUUCUCACAUGUGUGUUUUACAUCCUCAUUUACCUCAUCGCUCACAAGCACCACAACGUUAACAAAAGAGGGGGCUUACCGUCAACCUUUAAGCCCACUAAAGAAGAUAACAAGAUGUACUCAAGGAACAUGAAAGCAGCCAAAACGACAGCCAUGUUUGUAGUUGUCAUGUUUCUCUGCUGGCAGCCUUACACCUACUUCAGCAUUAUCGCUAACCUAAUCGGUGAUACAUGGGACCCAUAUCCCUAUGAACUCUACUUGGUUCUCCUUAUGUUAGGAUACCUUAACUCGGCGCUCAACCCCUUUCUGUUUGCCUUCCGUAACAAGAGAUUUCAAUCUGUAUAUCGGAAGCUACUUAGGUCGACCACACUGGGUAAAUUUAAUUCACUGGGUACAAUACGUCGACGUUCCACUUUUUCACAAAGCACCAGCAAUUCCCAGAUUCCAGAGGAGGAGAGCAGAGAAGUACGUCUCCAAUCGAUAAAAUUGAAGAAGUGACGUAUGCUUUUUUAGCAUCCAAACCUGGUAAGAUUCAAAUAUUCCUCUUUCAAAUCUGGUUAAUAUUCUUUGUUUACCAAGCAGAACUAAUAACAUGUUAUAAACUGCAAAUCAGCAGAAUGUGACAGUAUUUUGAACAAGUUUUGCGCUCGAACUUUGAUUGAACUGAAAAGCGAACUUUUUACACCCUAACAUCAGCAUGCAUAUUCUCCAUACUGGGGUCAAUUUGAUAAGGAAAAUAUACUUGAAGUUUUUACACGAGUAAUGUACACGGGUAAAGUCCGACUUGUAAAUAUCAAUAUUUAAUAAAACAAUAUUCCUCACCAGAAUUUAUACGUGUAUCUCGGGUCAUUACACGAGUGUAAAUAACAAUAGUACGAACUACAGGAGGAUCGCAAUGGGAUGAUGGAUUUUACGGCUUAUGAUAAUUUUUCUCGUUGCUUUUAAAGGAAAUUUUCACGAUUAAAUUUUUUUGCGACUAACGGCCAAUUUUUCUUGGCUGUUUUACAGCUAAAGGUUGACCCCAAUGACCUCUCUUACAACUGUAGAUUCCGCUCGAAUGUAGGUAUAUUUUUUACACAUGCAAUUAAAAAUUGUUGCUGUCCUCUCAAUAUAUGCGGCUUUGCUUCCAAUCGUUUGCUUUCUGUUUUAUUCGUCAAGAGCCGUUUAGCAUGUUAUGCAAACCGGCAAUAAAAGUUUCCCAUAACUGAAAUGAUAGUUUUGGUGCCAUUUUCGUCGACCGUGACGAAGAAAGUAAAGCAAGCAGCCUGAGAAAAGAUUUGCACGUAAUAAAACGCAAACAUAGACAGCGUCAAAACACUCCGAAAUAUUUAAUGAGCCAACAUUCACAGACUUACACUCGAAAAAUAGGCGCAUCAAGGCAAUGUUCAAGGAGGGAGGGUGGGGAGUUGAGAGCUCACUGAGCUAGAUGAGACUGUCCUCGAUGUUUUAGGUCGUAAAAGCGCCAACAUAGAGCCAGUGAAGGUCAUCGAUUCGGAUAUUGUAUUUGGAGAUCGUUGUCACGACAGCUCCUUGCGUUGAAGUUAAAAUAAUUAUAAUCCAUAUGUAAAUGAUUCAACCCUGUUAAACGUGCAAGUCCUGUUGGUAAUGAAAUGAGAAUGCUACUAUCGUCAUUUUCUGCUCAUGCAAGGGGAAAGAACUAUGAUAUGUUGCCAAACUGGAGUAAAAGUUUUAUAAACCAACUCAGAUCUUAAAGAAACCCUUAACCCCACCCUGCAACACUUACCCUUUCCCAACACGGACGAAACGGAGCGACCGCUAACCCAGAGAUAAUAAAUUUAGCGUUAUGUUCAAUUUCAUUGUAACAGGUGACGUUGGAAGUUACACUGAUGAAGUGCAAGUUUCUACCGUAGAAACUGAGAGUGGUGAAACGGAAGAAGUAAGUGUAACGUAACGGUGCCCGCUCACUACAAGUAUUACUCAAACAGGCAGUCGUCGAAACACAAACGCCAACAAAAAUCAGACGUGAAGCUUUGCCAUCAGCUGGAAAGGGAGGUGCUCUCAUGGCUAAAGAGAGAUCAUCAAUUGUAACCGCAGACAAGAAGACAACAGAAGACGACACCCUGCGCCUUAAGAGAAACCUCCAACUAAAAAAAAAUAAGCUGAGAUUGGAGACAAAAAGACCUAAAAAAAAUUAAUUUGAUUAAACGGCGUCUAAAAUGCAAAUUAAAAUGAUGAUAUUGAUAACCUUUUGGACAUCUACCUGACUUAUUAUAUAAUAAUGCUAUUGACAGUCGGAGGAGUACUUUAAUUGGUGAUAGAUAAUAUCAGAAUUAUGACCCACAUGUACACUUACUUUUUUUCUUGGGGGGUUAGGUAUAUGUGUACUUUGUGCAAUAAAAUGUAAUAAUUAUCGUCAUUGAAUAAAUAAUAGCUUCUUGAUUUUGCACGAUAUUGAAACAGGUGCAGUUUUUAAUUGAGCGUAAUUUGUAUCAAUCCUCACACUGGAAUAAGUGCUACAGCAACUGCGCCCCUCUGUCUUCUUGUUCCUCUUCAUCACCGAUAGCCAACUCUUCGUGGACAUUGUCGAGAUCUGCGUCGUCCAGCAGAUCUGUUGAGUGUCGUUUCUAUGCUCCAAACACGGACCAACUAAUUCUAAAAGGUGGAUGAGGGCGUGCACAGGCAGACGAAACUUCUCUAGAAAUUGCCUUGAAUUUGCGAUGUCGAAAAGCCGGCUUUUUUUGGAAAUUCCUUGAUUGGCGGAUAACUUGACGUCUCAGCAGCUUGUCGAGUUCCUCUUCACCAGAAAAUGGCAUAUUGUGACGUUCCAAUGUCCUUUUGCAGAGUCUAACUUCAUGUUUGCAAGUGACAUGCGACUUAUAUUUUGCACUUGUGAUUUACAAGUUGGACUCUGGUAAAAAUCCAAGUUGGACUCUUGUAAAAGUGUUAAUAAAUUUGAUCCCUACCAUCUUUUACACUUGUAGCACUACACUUGUAAUUACAAAUCGGAAACUUGAAACCUGGACUUGUAGCAAUGUUUAUUAUACUCGUCUUCGUCUGCACUUUGAAACACUAUGGUCCUAGUUGGAGAUUACACGUGUCAAAGUUUUAUUAAAUUAACACCUGCUUUCUAUACGUUAAGUUUCUCAACGUGCUGACAAGGAAAAUUUGUUGAACAAUCAGGAGAUUCUUUUGUCGCUGAAAAUUUCCUUUAUUCUUGUGACCUUAAACCUUUAGCUCCCAGGGAUGAUUAACAUGUGCUUUCUCCCUAUAAUAUCCAAACGUUAUCAAACGAACGGGUGGUGAGAAUACUAAAACAUAUCAGGAAAAAGUUGUUAUCUUGAUUAAAAAACCAAAUUCCCAUAGCUUAUUCAUAAGGAAAUAUGUAACAGCCAAAGGGAAGAAUUAUCAAUCAGAUCUUGGGAGUUAAAGAGUUAAUAUGUGAUUCGGGGGUGAGAAUGUAAGGAGAAAUUAGAUGCUAGUCUAAAAGGAUUAGGCCAUCAAAAUUUGAAGCUAUUCGUACACAACAGAGACCGUAGCGUGAACUUUCAAUUUCUCAAUUAGUUUUAGGAAAUCCUUAUUUUAAAAUUUCCUUUCCUUUCCUAACUGCAAGGAGUUACUGUAAUCAAGCCACUCUGGGGUAUCCUAUCAUUCAGUCAUGGUAGUUUUGAACAUAGCUUUGUUGCGUCAGUGUAGGUAUAGUUAUUAAAUUGCGUUUAGGGACCGUUCAUUAUUUCCCGCCUGGGGUGGGGUGAAGUUGGGUCGGAGCAUUUUGGUUGUGUUACGUUAAAAUCUACCAGAUCCUCUCCCUCAUUGGCAGUUAAUUGCAGCCAAUUUUCAAUCGUACCCCCUUUAUACUCUGUUAACAACAACUGAUCCCUCUCCAUUCUCUGUUCUCCCCUGAAAAUCGUAUCAUUACAAAUCAUCCAACCCCCCCCACCCUCUCCAACCCUUAACCCUCCAUUUGUUUGCUAGACAAUGACUGGUUCGCUAAUCGGAAGCAUAUAAGUUACGGCCACGGUAAACACCGGCGUAUAAUGAGCCGCACCUCUUUACCCAAAAUUUUCAAAAUGUAUCAGGGUUGAGUUUAUCUGCGAGAAAACCAGGACGUCCCGCCACGAUAUAUGUUUCUGGUUUAUCGAUACGUGGAAACAAGGAAUUCCAGUAAUGUGUCGAUCACAACCUCGUUACUUUAUUCUCAACCGCUCUAAAAACGCUUGUGACAAACCUGUAUUUACCCAAAAUUGCGUCAAUGACAAAAACGCUCGAAGCAGCCUUUAUCUGAAGGCUAAUGGCUAUGACUAUAUCCCUAUAUAUCUGAAAGUUGGACAGAUCAAUAAGAAAACUUUUCUGUGACUCUGAGUUUCACGCUUACGCGAUCAUCAGACAGAUUUUAAUGAAGAUUAUACCUCACUUAGUUUAAAUAUGUCCAGUAGUCAUUUAAUUAGUAAGUCUAUAGUAAUCUGGUGUCGAUGUUCACUAAGGAGUAUUUGUUCUCAUGGCGGCAUUUGGAAAUUAAUUAAGUUAUAUUGUUAAAGUUGCUUGCUUUGUCGGGUUUAAUAAUGUAUAUAUGUAUAUCUAUAAAUUUUAUGUGACUGUGAGGAAAAAAAACUCAGAGUCACAGAAAAGUUACGUGUCAUUGAUUUGUCCAACCUUCAGAUAUGUAUACAUAUAUAUAUAUAUUUGUGUGUGUGUCUAUGUAUUAUAAGAAUAUCAGCAGUUGAAAUUCUCUUGAUAGAUACAAAACCAAGAUUUGUAGCAUUUGAUCUCUUUGUUUUUGCAAUUUUGUAAGUCAAAUUUUGUCGAGUUUUAUGUCUUACAGAAAUAACCCUGAGACCACACGUCACUUCACCUCUACUAUCUCCAUGUUUUACUGAUUAUGUAUCCCUAACUUCAAUUUUCUGUCCCGUUAAUUUCAACGAUAAAGCAUCACAUUAAUUUCAAACAAAAUCUUAGUAAGCUCAGAAAAUUUACAUAAAAUAUGUUCUCACUAAUAGAACAUUUUUACCAUCAAAUCUGUGAGAGUUACAUUUUAAGUUAAUUCUUACCCCAAACAUAAUGCUGCUCAAGCAGGUACAUUGCGAUGUGAUUAUUUACAAAAUGCAUAUGUUGUUAUUACCUGACAGAUCUAUAUAAGUGUUUGGGAAAAAUUCUUAUUUGUAGUGUAAUUGCUUUACAAUAUUCAAAUUAAGAGCCUCGGAGUAAUGCAACAAUAUAAUGUUUGUUGGUAAAUCACAUACAAAUAACCUAGCUCUUUUAACCAAAGUUUCUAGAUCUUAAAUUACCUCCUUGAGUUCUCACUACAGCUACCUCUCUGCCGCAGGCAUUGAUUCAAAAAACUGAAUCUUCAUAAUAGGAUAUGGAUCGGAGACGGACACCGCUUCCCAGCUCCGGAAUCUCGGAGGUGACAGUGCUUUGUGAAAACGUUGAGAGCCGGCGUAGUGAUAUGCUGGGUUCAGCCCGUUUUACAGCUCGUUUACGCGAUGUAAAAAGCUUUUUAUAAACAGCCUUAAAACUUUUGUUGGAAAAGGCAAAAAGAAACGGAUUAAGUGCUGAGUUAAGGUAACCGAACAUUAAUAACACUAGGUAAACCUCGUGAGGAAACGAUUCCCAGUUUUCGCUGUCAAUAGCACUAGCAACGACAAAAUAAAAGUAAGGUUGCCAGCAGAAGAACAGCGCCAAAACGAACUUUGAAGUCGUCUUAGCCGCUUUGACAUUUCUCAAAUACACCUUUUUUUCAUCCUUGGAGGGCUUUCGGGUCGAAGGAAAGGUGCCUCUUUUGGUGGAUCGAUUGUUCUUGACAGCAAUGCGAUAUAUGAGGACGUAAAAAAAGCAUGUGAUCAUCAGCGGAAGAAUAACAUUAAGAAAGGACGAAACAAGGAUAUAGUUCUUUGUGUAUGGCAGUAUGCAGAUGCCAUCAUCAUCUGCUUCUCCUUCCUCUCGCCAACCCAUGAGGACAAAAAACGGCCAUAGUGGGCAAUACAGCCAGAUGGUCGCUAUGACAAUUAAAGCUCUAGUUUGGGUCAUGAACUGUGAAUUCUUAAACCGCGACAAAGGAUUACUGAGGGUUUUAUAUCGAUCCACACUGAUGGUCAACAGGCUGAAAAUCGAGAUGGGUAUAGUAAUCAUGUACACCACCUGCCAAACUAUGCAGAAUGCUCUUCCAUGAUUCCAUGCACCGUCAAGGAAAAGUGAUUCUAUAUCAAACGGUACCACGAUCGUUGCCGCGAGAAAAUCUGAAAGAGCCAAGGAAAAAAUGAAAAGAUUCGUGGGAUUGUGGCGGAGAUGCUGGUUAGCAAGUAUUGCGAAACAGACCAAGAAGUUUCCAAAGACCGCCACCACUGUGAUAACUGUGUAACAGGCUGCAACGGGAUACGAAAACUCUGGUCUAAAACCAAAGAAAACGUCUUCGUCGGUGGACGGAUCUGCAGCGGAACUGUUGUUCAUUCUUAAGAAGCUGUUUUGGAAGGUAAAUAUGUCGCGGCUCUCGGUUGUAAAAUCGAACUCAACUUUUCUCGUAGUUUACUGGAGUUUUCACCUCAAUACCUCACCAGUCACUGCAGUAUUCGAUUUGCUCAUCACAACAAAGCGCCAAAUCAAAAAUAAAUUGAUUAUCAGCCGUUUUAAAGAUUUACGUGACCACUUGAGAUAUUUUUAAGGCUGCAUUUAACCAGUAGCACUUGAUUUUGGCAGAGUAUACCACACUCAAUAUCACUCUGACGUCUCCUUAUUCAUUGGAAUUGCAAAAAGAAACCUAGGAUUAAAAUUUUCGAAGACUAUGUCCCUAUGAAAAACUGACAGAUUCAAAGUGAACCAGACAUUUUAAAAGAUGUAUGGUUCAAUUUGCAUGCAGCUUAAAAGCUUGGGUUAGGUUAGAAAAAUCAGAUUUUCGUCUGCAACCAAGUGGUAUAACUGAGUCACAAUGACAAAUAACAAAAACAAAAAUAAUAAGGAAACUUCUCAAAAUAACUCUACAGGCUUGAAAAAAAAGGAUAUUGCAUGAUAUUUUAAAAUCUUGAAAUAUCUGAAAAUACAAUACUAACACAGAAAUAUCCAUUAUACUGUUGUGUCUUAUUUUGCUGCAUUCACACUUGAUAUUUCACAUAUGCUGAAAGAUUAUCUUUUUCAGAGAUUGAUGAUUGAGUUGACAUCAUGCAUUGUCUUGUAUACUGGCUGGAGAGUUUUCCAUCAAAAUAUCAUUAUCGUGUUAAAUCACCUGGUGCAGUUCCCACUAAUUUCCUAAAUUAAAGUUAAGUAUUACAGAAUGUUGACCGGGCAAAAAAGGAUCAGUUACGUUUUUUCCUCUUAUGGAGAAGCUUUAGUUAAGAGAACGAAAGUUUUGUUUACGUUUCCGAGUGAGAAAGCCUUCUUUCGGAUAUUUGAACAAAACAAAUUCCAAUAUAUGACGCAAAGGUCUGCAAGUCAACAAAGCCACAAUAUUUCCAGUUAAGUUUUUUGCCAAGCGUUGUCCGUCGCCAUGAAGGUGUUUAGCCAUCAAAUCAUGACACAUAUACGCUGAGAAUGAAUUUAAAAUAAUUACUUCCGGAAGUUGGUCAAAAUCAGCGAAAAAAAAAAAACAACAACGAAAACAUCAGAUGAAAGAUCCCUCUUUUUCAUUUCAUGAUAUCGUUGAUUAAAGAACUGAUAUCACUUGUUUUUUUCUUUUGAACUCAGUCAGUACAUUGAAAUGAGGUUAUUCCUGUCACCUUGUAUCUAUCUUUAUCCCCCAGCUUCCCCAUAUAUUGUCACACUGACGUCAUCGCACUUUUAGUUUUGUAGAUAACAUUUCAUUUUUAGAUGGGAUGUGGGCUGCAAAGCUUCCUGCAAGCAAUGGCGCGCUAAGUUGACAGUUUCUGAUAACUUCCACUGCCUAAGGUGACUGCAAUGUUACCUUGGUGACGGAUGGAUGGUUAACGAAGAAUAAUGUACAACAGCACUUUGGAGAAUUCUCAUUGCGACAGCAUUUAUUUAAGGAAAUUAAACAAACUUUUUAUUCACUUUAUUUACUAGUUAGUAUUAACGGUUUAUUCAGAAUUCGCAGUAACUUUACGGUGAUCGUGUCACUGUAACUUUAAAAUAAAAAAUCAAGUGAUGGAACUCAAGUGUACUUCCCGUGAAAAAAUUGUUUUGGUUCUCACUGGAACAUUGUUAUUUUGAAUGAGGCAAAAGUCAUACCACAAACGAAAUAUCACUCAUAUCAGGGGCAUUAUUUUCUUUUUAUAAAGUGAGAUAAAACUUAAUACCUUUCUCUGAAUGAAUUAAAAGCAACUCUCAGAUGUGCGGACAGGAUCGCAUGAAUCUCCCACUGCUUAGAUAUAAGAAUAGCAUUCACUCCUCUGAUAGGGUUAGCUUUGAUCACUUUGAUCAUGUUGCUUCAAAGGACUCCUAAUUUGUUUUCUUUCGAAGUGAAUUUCUCGAUUCUUUUGAUUGAUCAAAAGAUUUUGGAUCACUUUUAUAUUACUACUCCAAAGUGACGCGACCGAAGAAAGGCGUCCUUUACAUUGCAAAAAGCACAGAAAACAACUUCCACAGUUAUGAGACUUUUGGUUCAGUGAUGCUUCAUCCUUCUGCCUUUAGACCUAUUCCUUUCAAACAGUAAUUUCUGGAACAUUUGCAAUUUUAAAAAGGUAUACUUUCGAGCUCGAAGACAGACAUUUUCCAAGUCCUUCGCAUUUUUUAAAUAUCUCAGCACAAAAUCGUCACUCUUCAAAUAUGCGUGGUUAUGCGUCAUUAAAUUUUCUCAGUUUCUUUACAAUAGCAUACAUAUUGAUCGGUUUGAGUCUAUUUGGCAAACUUCAGCUCAUCUUUUAGAUAAAAUCUCCGUGAAGUCUUUGUCAUAAAAAUACGUCGAAGUUAUUACACCUUCAUACACAGUAUAGCUAUAGCUUAGUUUAUGAAACUCUAAUAAUCAGCUUGGUAAGAAAUUAACUAUCUGGAGGCAGCGGGGUCCCGCUGAUAGGGAACUGGGUCUAUUUCCUCUUAUCUUGCUUUUCAUCGGAAAUGAUCUUGGUUGAGGUGAGUUCUGCCCGUCAGCUACGCCCUGUAAAACGCCUUUUAGUAUGAUUCAAACAGUUCGAUUUUUCCUAUGUAAUACUUGUUUCAUUGUUUGCUUACAUCGAACCUUAAAGAUCCCUAUAAUUUAAGUUUGGAGAGUGGUCUUCUAAGCUGUUUAUCAACAUUCGCUUUGCUGAGAAAACGAACAGCUGUGUACCAAAGAAAAAGGCGAAUGUUGUCGUGCUAAAAAAUCAUUUCUCUCUUCUAAAAGAACAAUUGUCGUAAUUUAGACGACCAAACUAAAUUCUGCUUUGUUCCUUUGAUAUAUUGUUAUUUAUGUACCAAAUUAUAAGCGACAAUCUGUUCACCAUCAUUUACAACUCUCGGGAAUUAUCAUCAAAACUAAUUUUAAUUAGUAGAGUGGAGAAUGGUGACAACAACAAUGCAGUUCAAAACUUGGCUCAGUCAUGCAACACUAAAAUUCUUUUUAUGAUGAAUGCUAAACAAAUAACUAAGAAGUUUGGGCUGAAACUAUGCCGUUUUAGUAUCGUGGUCAAAUCUAUCCAGUUCAGUGACAUUUGAAUCCUGAAUUGACAGGUGCGAUCGAUGUUCUGAGGAAGGAAACAUUUUUGCAUACACAGCUCUGAAGUGCUUGUUCCGAAAUGCGAACAGAAAGGGAUUCAGCGCCGAGUUGAGAAAACCAAACAUCAACAGCACCAUGUAGACUUCGUGGUCAAACGAUGUCCACUUUUUGCUAGUGAUGGUGUCAGAGACAAGCCAAAGGGCGUAUGGCUGCCAGCAGACGUAAAUAGCCAACACGAAUACUGAGCUCCUUUUGGCUGCCUUGAUAUUCUUCAGAUACAUCUCUUGUUGUUCUUUCGUGAGUUGUUGGGAUGAAUUAUGCUCUGUAUUGCUUAGAGCCUUCUCGUGCUUUCGUAUUAUGUGAUAUACUAGAAUGGAAAACCCGCACGAUACCUGGAGUGGAAGAAUGAUAUUCAGAAAGGGGCUGACUAUGGUGUAGGUUUUUGUGUAUGAUAACAUGCAGAUGCCAUCUUCAAGAAAGUCGCCUUCUCUCCUCCAUCCCAUGACAGGGAGAAGAGCCCAUAAAAUGCUGUAAAGCCAGAUUGUCGCGAUCACUAUAAGCGCUCUUUGUUUAGUCAUGAACCGUGAACACCCAAAUCGGCCGUGAAAAUCGCUGAGGGUUUGAUAUCGAUCAAUAAUGAUGACCAACAGGCUGAAAAUGGAGACAGGUACAACGAAAAGAUACACCAAUUGCCACGUUAGACACACAGCCCUCCCGUGUUUCCAUGCGAAGUUCAGGAAUAAUGACUCUGUGUCAAAUGGCAUCACAAUAGUUGCCGUGAGGAGAUCUGCCACAGCCAGGGACAAGAGCAACAGGUUUGAUGGAUUGUUGCGCAGAUUCUUAUCGGUGAGUAUGGCGUAACACACCAUGAGAUUUCCUAUGAUUGCCACAACUGUGACAGCAAUGUAAAAAACGGCUACUGGAUACGCAAAGGAGGGUUUAAAACUGAAGGAAGUUUCCCAAUCAUGUGUGAAAUUCGAAGUUAUGUUCAUUGUAACUUUUGUGUCUUUUUCUGGUGUAGAGAAAUAACUCUCGCAAUCUGCCUAGCUUCUACUCUUAGAAUGCGCUCUUCGUUAAUCUGCACGUAACUCUGCAGACUGAAAUGUGAAAAUAAAUGACUGAAGGUUAAUCAGUUUCUUGAUAUACAGAUGAAGUUUGUCUAUUUUCGGCUGGAAUGUAUCUAUAUUAGUCAGGUAAAAUAUCCUGACACGGUUUGCGUUGUUAUCAACAUUUGUGGGCGACUUGUGCAAUACUCAGUAUUUUCCGCCUCUUUCUUCUCUCUAAUUAGUUUGAAUUUGUAUAUCAUCUACUCUUGUCUUUGCAACCUUAAAGCUUUUGUAUAACACCCCUGGCUUUUGAACGAAAACAAAAUUUUUUCGCUUGACUUUUGUUUCGUGUUCUUUUUGUGGAAAAGUGCUAAAGACAACAUCGGACAGAUAUGUAAACCACUUUGAAGGCACUAUUGCAAUUAGUUUGACGUAAGUAAAUGACAUCAUUUCAUCUUGUUUUCUACUUGGAAUGAAAACACUUCAAGUCUAGUUACGAAACAUUUUCAUUAGCAGUUAUAUUUGCAUAUUAGAGGGAUUCCUUAAGUUUAUUUUAUACAUAACAUCCCUUUUUUAAGGGUUUGGUCGUUUAUUACUUCUGAGGGGAGAGGACGAAUGAAGUUUUUAAAUUUAUGCAGAGGCUAAACCAGUUGAUAAGAGAUAAAGCAAAACUGAACGAGCAAUUAUUUCUCAGUUGGGCGCCUUCUUCUCAAUCAUUUCCUCUCUAGUAUCUGUGAGGGAGACUGACAUUUCUCGUUGAGCCUCUGCAGCAACUGAAUCUAGUAUCUUUGUGGUAUGUCAUCACCUCCAGUGCGUUAAUGAUUGUGACCGGACGAGGACAAAUCAAGAUUUUUUUAAGUCAAAAUGUUCUUUUAUUGUCAUAUAAGACAGGGGAUAUACACACAGGGGAAGUAGCUCACAGCUGAAGUCCCGGAAAAAAUGUUUCACAUUAGGAAAAGAGAUUUACUGAAAUAGAGCUAUGUAAAAAUUUCUUACGAAGCAUUCUCAUACGAUGGUACGGUUUCUUCUCGAUGCCAGUCUUAAAGUAUAUCAAUCUACUCAAAAAGAAAUAUGUUUCCCGAAUGGCCAAUGGCAAAUGUAUAAAUUAUUUAUAAAGUAAAAUGCCGAUGAUCCACAUCUUAAAGAUAUCUAGAAUCACUGCUGCAAGUUCAAGAUAGUGUUUUGCCAUCGUUUCUAAGGCUUUCUUCAACGUUUUUCAAAUCAAUGACACACAUCCGACACGAAAAUGUGAGCCACGGUGGGCCAAGUCUUUUUACUGGCUGCGUAUUUCUAAAUCAAAUAGAGUUGUCACUCUUCACCCUUCAUAUGUAUAUCUAUAUGCAUCUAAAUUGCCUCACUGAUUGCUUAUUGGAACUGCUUCUUUAUUGCGCAUGAUGCUAGAAUUCAAUUUUCGAAGGACGAUACGGAUCGGAGUCGGACACCGUUUUCUAGUUCUGGAAUCUCGGAAGUGACAGUGCUUUGUGAAAACGUGGAAAGCCGGCGCAAAGAUAAAGCAGGCUCGGCUGGUUUUAAAGCAGGUUUCAGCGAAGUAAACAGAUUUCUAAACGUAGCCUUAAAACGAUUGUUGCUGAAGGCGUACAAAAAGGGAUUAAGCGCUGAAUUAAGGUAGCCCAACCACAACAACGACAUGUAAACUUUGCAAGGAAACGACUCUUUCCCUAGAAUGGUUUCGACGAUGAUGAAAUAACAGUAAGGCUGCCAACAGAAGAAAAGCACCAACAGGAAGGUGGCAGUCGUCUUAGCAGCUUUGACAUUCUUGAAAUACAUCCUUUUUUCUUCUUUAGUAGGUUCCCGGAUGGAGGGAAAGCCAUCUCGUUUGGUAAAUCGAUUGUUUUUGACAGCAAUACGGUAAAUCAAGAUGUAGAAAAUGCAUGUGAUCAUUAGCGGAAAAACGAUAUUGAAAAAAGAGCUGAGAAUGUUGUAUUCUUUAGUAUAAGGCAGCAUGCAGUUGCCUUUAUCAUCUGGCUCUCCCUUUUCUCUCCAACCCAUGAAGACAAAAAGUGCCCAUAAAAUGCUGUAGAGCCAGAUUACCAUAAUGACUAGUGAGGCUCUUUUUUGAGUCAUGAAUUGUGAGGUCUUAAACCGAGCCAAAGGAUCUCUGAGGGUCUUGUAUCGAUCCACGCUGAUGGCCAAGAGGCUGAAAACCGAAAUGGGUAUGGUAAUAAGGUACACAACUUGCCAAAUUAUACAGAAUGCUUCUCCAUGAUACCAUUCAAAAUCAAUCCUGAAAAGUAACUCAAUGUCAAACGGCAUCACUAUGAUUGCUGCAAGAAAAUCCGAGAGAGCGAGGGACAGAAUGAAGAGAUCCGUGGGAUUAUUGCGGAGAUGUUUAUUGGCAAGUAUUGCGAGACAGACUAACAAGUUUCCAAAGACCGCUACAGAUGUAAUUGCUGUGGCGCAGGCCGAAACGGGAUACGAAAACGUUUGUUCGAAAAUGCACGGAGUGUACUCGUCGUGAGGUAAGUUGACAGCGGAGUUAUUGUUCAUCUUCACUUGGCGGUUCCAACGCUUAGGCUUUCUUGGGGAAUUGGAACAAACUUCUCGUCCAGCCAGUCAGUGGUUUUGUGAUAACACAGCCUCACGAGGUUCUUAUGCAACGACGUUUCCUUUUUGGAUUUUGGAUUACUUUAAACAAUUUGACACCAGUGAUGGAAAAAAGCUAAAUAUUUGAAGCAUCAAUAAUAUAUCCAAUAAUAUUGGUCCGUUCAACCGCGAUAAUUGAGUUUUGGCAGAGUUCACUACUUUUGUUAUCAUUUUUAGUAACGUCUCGAUAUCCGUUUGGAGUGACAUUGGAUGAGUAACUGACACUAUUAUCGGUAAAACAUGCACAGCUGUUAUCUAACUUACUCGGUGGGAAACGUGACAGCUGCUGUAUACAAAAAGGACUGAACUUUAAGCUGUAAUCACGUGAAUAGGUCAUUCAAAUCCGAUCUUGGCGUAUUCACAAGCGUGUUCUUAAUUUACCUCGGCGUUUACCUUGGCAUUAUUGAGCGAUUACACAAUUCAAUCACAAAAACACUUGAAAAAUUGUCAAAGAAAAUGCUUGUCCUUAAAUAAUAAUUCGUAUCCGGAGAAAUCUUAAGCACAAUAUAAGCAUCACAUUUGCAAGUACAUGAUUAAGUAUCGCGUUAUGUCUUAUUUUCUAGUUGAGUCCAAAGCAUUCGCGUUUUUUUUUUUAAGAGCUAAGGAGAGAUGUUUUUUAAAUAUUUUUAAAAAUUAAAGUUGUAGUGAAAUCGCUUUGGUGCGCUUUCCCUUUAUUAGGUAUUGGCUGGAGAUCGUUUCCAUCAAAAUGGCAUAAUCGUGUCGGUGUUUUUCUCUCGCUCACUACAAAGAGGAGACAUGUCGGUAAAAUGGCAGCUGUAGAAAUCCACAACAAUUUAUCAUUUGGGUUGCUUGAUUGGCGGAUUUACCUUUUUCCCGAAAGCGUGUCUGGUCAAAAGCUGCGGCUUCAGGUCAGGUUUUUUUUACCUAUGGAGUUGAUUCCUGCCUCUCUUCGCUCCGUCAUCAUUCCUCUUUUUUUAGCAUCGCGCAGAACGCCUAUUGUUAUCCUGUUCUCGCGACAUUAGCUUACAGUAGAAAAACAAUUAUAGACCUUUAAUAUUAACAGGAAAGCAUAAUCUGGCGAGCUAUGAUUGGUCAAAGAUUACGAAAGCAAUCAUAUUGAUAUGCCGUUAAUUUUAGAAUCUACUUUUUUUUGUGAUAUAAACUCAUGGUGAGGAAAGGAAGUCGGAAAAUGAACAAAGCCACAGCAAUAUUUCCUGUCAAGCUGUUCCCUUCUUUGAAAAGUGUUUGCCCAGAAGGCCGGAGCUUUUGACACGUUCGAUGACUGAUACUUGUGCGCUUAGAAUAUUGACAAAUCGUUCAAAAUCAGGGGGAAAAGGACGCCGAAAUGAAAUUCGAGAUACCAUUCUUUCUUCAAAAACAAAUUAAACACUUCCUUCUUAGUUUGCUAUCAUCACUUAAAUAAAUAUAUCGCAGUUGAGUGGGAAAGCUAGUUUACUAAACUAGCUCUUUCAAUCAAGUAUUUACCUUGUAGGCCAAAGAAACGCUCUUUGUCGUUAGUUGAUUAAACCCGCCUUGACUCUCUCCUAAGGCAACUGUGUCCUCAUUACAAAGCCUUGGGCUUGCACUUAUUGGCUACAAAAACCGCAUACAACACAUACUGUCUGCUUUGCUAGAAAUUCGCGGGUUGACCGUUGUUGAGGAUAGGGUUGCAUAGAGAUGGUUGCGCUCUGAUUGGUCGUGGAUUACGUCAUAUCUUGCGAUAGUCAUCCAGAUCAAGUUGGUCAGUUAAUAAUGAGGCACAUAUUUUCAAAAUAGGCACUGCGUGAUCCGCUGAUUUUUACACGACGGGGAAAAUUAAAUGCAUUUGAUCAUACUUAUUAGUCUAAGACAAAAAUUCGCCAUCGCGAAUGUGCCUACAAGUGCUUCAAAUAUUUUGGUUAAACACGUGUUUCCUUGAACUGGAACGGCUUUGAGAUUAGCAGUCAGUGCGUUCGAAAAGCAUUAUACAUAAGUUUGUAGUAUAUUGAAACAACGUACACUCUUCUGGGGAUUUUCGGAUUCUCGUGGGAUUGUUAAAGUCAGAGAAAAGACCUGACUGACCACACAAAGGAAAAAGAGGCCAUGAAAAUUAACCUCAUCAUGACACUCUUACAACUACGGCAUUAACCUUCUAAAAUGGGGUUAGUAAGCUUUCGCGACUCUCCAGUACGUGUUUUAGCCUUUCCGCAGUUUGGCUCUUGUGUAUUACUUUGAGUGAUCUCCCUCUUUUGGAGGAAAUGAGGUGCGAAUCUUGUAUAUUUCGCCCAGCAAUUGUUGUUGUGCUAUCACAACGCUAUGAAGGCAUCAACGCUGAAUAAUUGGAGAGUAAACACAUGACGAAGGACCAAAUUUACCAUAAUUUUGAGUUUUACUAGGAGAAGCGGGUAGACACUGAACUCUCCUUAGGGAAGAUAAAUAAGGGAUAAUUCAAUAUACAUAUUGUUGUUUACUUUUUUCAAUAUUUCAUUUUUACUAAAUUUGACUUUCCGAACUUCUAUGAUUCGAAGAAUCUCCUUUGGUAUAAGCGGGCGUUUUUCUAACGUCACAUAAAAGGGAAUAAAUAGAUAAAAGAAACUUGUACCCUUAUUAUAAAAAAGAGCUGGUAUUAAAAUACCUUGAAAACAUCGUCUCACUUUACCUCGUGGAUAAGAAACAAUUUCCAUUUGAAUCACGUUACAUGGUAUAUCCACCAAAUGUAAUAUUUUUGUCAAAUACAGGUAGCAAUCUACAAAAGGGUAGGCCGAUAUAAGCGAAUCUUUUGAGGUUCCCGCUUGGAUUACACCACGGUCAAAUUUACUUUGUUAAAGCAAAUUGGUUGCCCAUAGAUAUAAUUUUCUUUUAAGGAGAAUGAUGUGUUAGUGGCAUCCCACUUUUUUAAAUGGAACAUUCGAGAAUGCUUAAGAGGUUGAAAUUCGUAGACUGAUCCCAAUCUCGAAAACUUACACUCCUUAUUCUAUUUACAAACAUGACGCUAUUGAUAUUGCUGAUCCUAACAGUAUGCAGGAUGAGUGUCAUACAGGAACUUCGUAGUAAGUCUCCCUCACCACAGAGUCUCUGUGGCUCAGUGGUAGAGCAUUGGAGCUCCAAGGCUCAACUUGCAGUUCCUCAUGGGAACUCAGAUUUCUUUUUUUGACCCAAGCUCGUGACAAGACGAAAAACAUUUUUCUCUAUUUCUUUAUGGAGCUCAAAACUUAUCAUCUUUUUUAUUCGAUUUACUAAUAUCGUACUUGUUUUAUUUUUAUUCCUACUGAGAUAAAUCUAAGUCUGACCGCAGCUUUCUUAAGAAUGAUGCAGAUGGUUCAAAUUGGGUUAAGUGAGCCUUCAAUAAUGUCUCUAACGCACAAGCGAUGUCGGACAACAAGAGUGAGUAUCUUGUGCAAGUGCUCCUCAAACUGAAAUGCUUUUACAGUGUAAAGUACCGAAUAUUGAGAUAAAUAGAAAGUUUUCCUUGACAACGAAAUGGUUUCUUAACUCUAUAUUGGAACGCAGAUCGUUCCCCUAGCGACACAAAAAACGUUUACAGUUUCUAGAAAUGAGUGUGCAAAUACUGUGCUAUUUUUACAACUUAAUCCUUAUCUUUAUAUAUUAUUUUCCCGUCAGCAGAGUCUUGAAGAUCUCUAAAGAUUGGCUGAAAUGCGCUACAGUGAUAAGUAAAAAAAAAAAAAAGCUGGUCAAAAUAUAAUUCAUUUCCAAUUUCAAUCCUUCUCUCGUUUACGAUACAUAUGAUGAAUUCUGAAGCAAAAUAGCAAAGAAAUUCCAAGUGAUUCUCUCUGUUUCAACAUAUGUUUUAUAUCACUCACAGUCACAAUUCACUGCUCAUGGUCAAUCCUACUAAACUCAAUCAAAUGAGCUCUUUCACCACUAUGGAGUGUAAAUAUCUGACGAAAAUUUUGUUUAAGGAUGCAACGACAAUUUCAUUUCGGCUAUGAUGGCAGAACGACAAUCUAGCUUAUAACUUCAUCUUUUGGCAAAGGCUUCUUGAACAAAUCAACAUCGCCAGAUGAAACUACUUAUUUCCGUCUUUCCUAUUUCAACAACACUUGAAGGGAAUAUUGCAACUCAUAAAUUGUUUCAAUGACAAAAAAUAACCAUGAAACGUCGAGACUACUCCCCAAUUAUCUUGUGAAUUACUUUCGUGCAAUUGCUGUCCAUGAAACAAAACUCGAGGAAGUCUUUUCGAGAGAAUUUAACCGUUUGUAGCUGUCGUUUGUACUCUCGCUUGACCCUUUACUAAAUAAUUCGCUUUGUAUUCAAGAUUGUGUUUUAACGAUAUUACUUCAUCUUGUCUGUGCAAUGACGCUAGUCACCAAAAUCAGAACCCGUAUCAUACUUUAAGGCCGUUGGUAAAAUAUUCAGUUUCAGUUUCCCGUAAACAAGGUUUACGAAUUAACAAUUGGUACAUAUGUCAGCGUUCGUUCAUCGAGAUAUGAAGCACGCGGGAAGUUUGGAGAACACGAAAGAUGCCAAACUUCCCGCGUGCUUCAUAUCUCGCCGAACGCACAACUGACGUAUGAACCAAUUGUUUUAUAACAUUUCAAUUUUUUUCUCUCAAAGGGAUUUGUUUGCUGACGUCAUGAGCUUGCCCAAUAGGAAUAUGAAGCACGCUCACGCAAUUGAAUUUGAUUAGACAAAUUUACUAGCUAUGCUAUAAAUGCUUUUAACAACUUAGUAAAUUUUAACAGGAAAUAUCAUAAAUCGUGUGUAGCCAUUAUCUUGUCAGACCUCUUAAACACUGCUAUUAAUCAAUUAGAAUUUUUUUCCUCAAAAAUCCGUAUUUGUCCAAGAUUCCUGAAGUUCUAUUUCUAAACACCCAGCGGUGGUGAUGAUAAAAUUAAAUUGCCGAACACUAUAUCUUAAACAAAUAUUGAGCUUUAGUUGCAGAAAAACAGCAGUAACUCAAAAUACGCCAGAGAUAUUUGUCCACCGAUUAAGACGCUUGAAAUAAUUAAUCAAAUCCACCAAUACUCCCAGGGUAAUAUAACAGAUAUUUGUCUCUUCAUCAAGUAAAUGCUGUCGAAUGCAUGCAUAAAAAGAUUGUUUGGUACUACAACACUCAUUCACUUCAGCGAACACCACCAGGGGUGGAUCCAGGAUUUUGAGUGAGUAGUUUCCACCCGAGGACCCACUCCUGCUAGGGGGGUUCGGGGGCAUGCCCCCCCGAGAAAAUUUGAAAUUUGGAGCUCUCUAAAGGCCAUUUCAUGCAUUUUUAGAAAAUUUAAUUGCCCCCAAAAGACUGAAAAAGCAUGUAAUCAAAAAGGCAAAAAACAUUUAUUUUUCUUGAAAGUACUACAGGAAACACUCUGAUCUACAAAUAUUCCACCUUUAGCUACUGUGCAAACCAGUGUAUAUAGUGUUUUCAGGAAGGCCAAGUCAUCACCAAGACUUUUCACACUGGAAAACAUCACCUCCCAGUCAGGAAAAUCAAGAUGUGGAGAAAAAAAAACGAACCAAGUGUUGGUGUUUUUGAUAACAAAAGAAAAACAAGCACAAUUGAUGAUAUAGUUUAAAGAUUGAUAAUAAAAAUCUACUUGCCUUUUUCAUCCUUGGGACCACAGGCUUACCAUCCAUAAAGCCCUUCUCCUGCUUGUUGGAUUCCAGGUUGAGUCUCCAGGGCUGUUUCUGUUAAGUGAGAUGUCUUCAAGUGUAGCUGUGACUGGGUAGAGAAGUUCAACUAUGCGGUCCAUUCCAUCAAUCCGUUCAAUCCAUCGUGUGCGGCACACAUCAAUUAAAACAGUAUGGUUUGCCCAAGGCAAUAGUUCUCUGAUCUUGGCUAUUAAAUGUUGUUGACGCUUGGGAGAGUUGUUAAAAAAAUUAGAAAUCUUGCGCACAAUAUCCAUCAUGUUCCUGACAAUUGGCAAUUGGCAAGUGUCUGCUAUGCACAAAUUAAGCCUGUGGUUCAUACAGUGGACAUAGACUGCCUUUUCGUGUUCUGCACUGAUCAAUGAGGAGGCUCCAUUUAGUCUUCCAGCCGUAUUGCCUGCACCAUCAUAAUACUGCCCACGACAGUCUUCCAUUGUCAAUCCUAAGUUUGCUACAGCUGCAGUUAUAAUGUCCUUGAUAGCCUCCCCUGUUAAUCCCUCCUCACAAAUGUAAUACCCAAUAAAUUCUUCUCGGAUGGUUUUAGUUGUAUCCAGAAAUCUUAUUACUGCAGAAACAUUCUCCUUAUUUGAAAUGUCAGCAGCUUCAUCUGCCAUAACUGAAAAAUACUUACUAUUUCUUAUUUCCUGUGAUAGAUCAUUCAAAAUGUGAGCACCAACAGUUUCUAUCAUUUCAUUCUAAAUGGUCUUUGAAAUGUAUGUGGCAUUUCUGGGUGCAGUGUCCAGGUGUUGCUGCAGUGUUUGGUCACCACUGUCUACCCGGAAUUCUAGCAAUGCCUGGAAAUUACCGGUUAGGGGGCAGCAUUAGUGGGAUCAUCAUCUCUCCGCCCCUGAGUGGGAUGUUGUUUUUCCCACAGAAAAUAAUAGUUUUGAAAAGGGACUUUAGAAUCUCCCGAUUUCUCGCGAUUUGCUGUUGAACUAUGUUAUUUAACUGCUGGUCAAUUGGGACAGCUCCUCUUUGCAUCAUUCUCUUGAAAUCAUUCAUAGCAGUCAUAGAAAAAUUGUGAAUUUCACAAUUUCCUAGCGAGUGUUUGGUUAAGCGAGAAGCGGCCGAAGUCCAAUUUGUGAGAGGAGACUUCAAUCAUUUGUCUAACUUAUUAGCGUUUCGCCCACACUGAACUCCAAAACAAACACAAGCUAAACAAAAUGCUCCAUCGAAAUAUUUGGAGUAAGCUAGCCAUGGAAAUCUUUUCAGCCAGCCCGAGACAAACUUACGAGAUUUUCCAUUUUCCAUUGACACGGGGAAAUCAAAAAGCUCACCUGGUUUCCACACGUUUUCGACGAACUCCAGCUUCUGAUGCGGCGAGUAGUUGUGGAUCUCGUCGAAAACUAGGCCAAUGUAUUGUAGGAGCAACGAAAGAGACCCGCUGGGGGAGGAACUGCCCUUUUUAUACUUUGUCAGUAGUUUCCAAGGUAGUUUCCAAACACAACUAGCCAAUCAGAAGAGUGUUUUGAGUGAGUUCCGAUGACGAAAUCUUUGCUAGCCAAUCGUGAGGGAUUUUGACUGUGUUCCGCCUGUUAUUGUCACCAAAUAACAAGGACUUACACCCACCGGUUGCGUAAAGAUUGGCUCCACGAACAUUUUCCGACGGCUUCCGACGGUUUCCGAGGUGUAAUCGAAGCUCGAAAGGCCAGCGCGUGAUCCGGAGCGCUCCCGAACGCCUCAUGACCGCAAUUAUAACGAAAUUAGUCAUUCUAAACGUAUUUUCUUUAAUAAAUAACUGUAAAACAGGAAGAUGGUUUAUUUCUGGAAGACGUUUAGUGAUUUCCACAAAAGUAUCAGUAGUUUCCAAAGGGAAAUUAGAGUGUUUUCCAAAAGUACUUUUAUCAACAUUUAACUAGGUCGGAAAAAAUUUGAGUGAGUUCCGGAAAUCAGGUAAACUACCCUGGAUCCACCCCUGACCACACCAAAGUUCAGUUUCUGGAGAUUUUUAUCUACGCACUCUCAAUCGUUAGCUCCUUUUGAAGGUUCAAUAACAGUUGCAGAGGCCGAGGAAACGCUUAAAAUUACUCAGGAUGAACAACUCUUCAGAUCACGACUCCAGCGGUCUACGAACUCAAGAACCUUCAUUCGAUAUGUCCCCGUUCUUCACUUACUCAGUCGCUUCUCUGUAUUUUGUCAUCGUGGUGGUAGCCAUCAUUGGUAACCUGAUGGUCUCUUACGCUAUCCUUGCCGACAGAAAUCUCCGUAAUAACCCAACAAACCUCCUUCUCCUGUCUUUGGCAAUCUCGGAUCUUCUCACCGUAACUCUUGCCGUGCCAUUUGACAUUGAAUUACUUUUACUGAACGGAAAGUGGAAACAUGGCAAAACGAUGUGUAUUACCUUUAACACGGUUUACGUCAUCAUUGUACCGACAUCGAUCUUUACCCUUCUGGCAAUUAGCGUGGAUCGUUAUAAGACCCUUAAGAAUCCACUUGGUCGAUUUCGACGCUCGCAAUUUAUAACUCAACGAAGAUCUUUGAUUGUUAUCGCACUUGUUUGGUCUUACUGCAUUGUGUGGGCACUCCUUCCGAUCAUGGGAUGGCAAGAUAAAAGUGUCGGGCCAAUUUACAAAAGUACCUGCCCUUUACACUAUGCCGUUUUCUACAACAUUCUCACUUCUAUCAUGAAUUUCGUCUUUCCACUACUUCUCACAUGUGUGUUUUACAUCCUCAUUUACCUCAUCGCUCGCAAGCACCGCAACGUUAACAAAAGAGGUGGAUUGCCGUCAACCUUUAGGCCCACCAAAGAAGAUAACAAGAUGUACUCAAGGAACAUGAAAGCAGCCAAAACGACAGCCAUGUUUGUAGUUGUCAUAUUUCUCUGCUGGCUGCCUUACACCUACUUCAGCAUCAUUGCUAACCUAGUCGGUGAUAUACGGGACCCAUAUCGCUUUGAACUCUUUUGGGUUCUUCUUAUGUUUGGCUACCUUAACUCAGCGCUCAACCCUUUUCUGUUUGCCUUCCUUAACAAGAGAUUUCAAUCUGUAUAUCGGAAACUGCUUAGGUCG